CAUAAUAACGAAAACAAACAAAAAAAAAAACAAUCAAACAAACAAAGAAACAACAAAUACAAACAACAGACACCCACACAGACAGGCAUCACAGUUCGUACACUUCUUCUGCACAUCGAUAGAAUUUCGCGGUACCGAACACGUUAAAUAAUAAUAAAAUGCUGAGGCUGAAGUUCAACAAGGCGUGCAUUGCGCAACCCGGCCACACGAAGUUCAUCAAUAAUCGCACGCUUCAACCUGUUGUGGUGUCGGCGAAGCGCUUUGAUGACAUCAUGUCCAGGUCAACUAUAGCACAGAAGCAAGCAGCUCUGGCUGCGGAAGAGGAAGAGCGUCGCUACAUGACAUACCUCAAGGAGGGUAGCGAUUGGGUAUGCAAGCGCUUCACGAACACGGGUAAUAUCUCGUUCGACGAGGAGAGGCAAGCAAAACUUGAUCAGGAACUGCACGAGGCUACAAUCAGAGAGAGGCAAGCUCUGCUCGAGCACGAGCAAAUGCGCGUGAAGCGCGUCAUGCGCGCUAACCGAAUACUGGAGAACAUGAAGCCGGGUCAACGAGGUCUGCAACAAGCCGUGAUUGAGAGCGAAAUGUGCUAUCAGCGAAAGUUCAAUGAAGCCCUCAAUCGUGGAAUUGCUGAAGAGGCUCGAAAGCAGCGGCGUUUCGAUGAAGAACAGUGUCCAGAGCUUUUGAUACCUUUUUGCAAUGUCACUGAGGAGGAGGAAAAAGCACGUGAAGCGGCGAAAGCGGUCGAGUUACGUGCCUAUUUAUUAAAAGAUCUGGAAGAGAGGCGACUGCAAAGAUUGGCCAAAAAGAAGCAGGAGGAUUACGACGUAAUUAUCGAGCGCGCACAGUACAAGCUUCUGCACGAGAAGGAAAAAAAGGAAGCCAAGGAGCGCGCUGAAAAAAAUCGCGAGUUUUACCGUCGUGCCUACCAAGAUGCUCUCAAAGAGAAGGCCGAGAUAGCCAAAUACGAGAGCAUGUGUAGUGAGAUCGACGAUCGAGUCCUUUGUGUUGAUCUCGUAAAGCGUCGCAAGCUAGACGCCCAGUACGGUAAAAAAAUCAAAGAGCUGCGUGACAAGCGAAUACUCAAGAAGGAGGCGUGCGCCGUGCAGCUAUGCUACCAGGCACAGGCGGAAAAGCGAUUGGCUCAAUCGCAUCAAGUCCGGGUUAUCAAUCAACAUGAUGAACAGAUUAAGUUGGACGAGGAACUACGCCAGUGUAAGUUAAAUGAAUUGUCCCAGCAGCGUCGUGCAUACGAGCUGGAGGACCGCAAACGGGAAGAGCUGCAACGCCAGCGAGAUGCGGAGAUUCGUCGUUUCAAAGUUGCUGAACGAUUCAAGAUCGAGGAAGCCAACAAAGACUUCAAUGCUGCCCAGAAGCGGAAAAUGGAUGAAGCGACUGCAAACCUGCGGGACAUACUUUUUGGCCAGCGGGACGAGUUCCUAGAAAAACGUAAACAGGAACAAAUGCGUCUAUCUGCUUGCCAAGGAGAUCCUUAUCUGCAAGAAGAUGUUUUGUUUUUCGAUGAUGCGGUUACGGCGAUUAAGGAUGCGCGUAAGUUGGGACGUCCUGUUUUCCCAAUUGCCAAGGCUGUGGAGCUCUACCGACGCAGCAACCAGAUUGAUGAGGUGCCUGAGGGUCGAAUGGUGGGCAGGAGCAGAAUACGAGACUUUUGCUGGCCAGGAUACUACUCCAAGGCGGAUUUGGCGUACAAAAAGUACGAGCAUCGGGAACAAUGCCGCCAGGAACAGCAAAGGGAUCGCAAUCAGAUCUUUGCCAAUUGCAUUAAAAUCACCAAAAUGGCUACCGAAGAGCAGCCGUACAAAAAGUGCCCUACGGGGGGCGUCAUCAAGUGUUACCAACAUCGCGGCCUUCCUGUCGUCACCAGCAUCGAUUCCUUCGAUCGUGCUAGCAAUGUAUUUCACGAGGAAGAUCCUCUGCCUGGGGGCAAUCCAACUGCUAUGCAGCCUGCAAAGUCGGAUAAAUUUUCUCAGCAAAAUAGUGCGCUCUUGCCAAAGCAGAGUAGUGGGCAGGAAAACUCCAAAGGAUCCAAACAAGUUUCCUUACAUUCUAAUAUUUCUAAGCAGCUUUCGAUCCAAAAGCUCGUUUGCAAUCCAAAUCGUUCGGGUUCAUCGAGGGCAACAGCUGGGGCUACCCAAUUAAGUCAAAAGACAUGCAAUAGAAAACCACUUAAUUCAACUCAAACAUGUUAUUCUUGACUCUAAGGACUUGAACAUUCCAGGUCUUUUGAAUUAAAUCAUUACUGCAAUUACUGGAUACUCAAAGAUGCUACAAAUAUGCAUCAAAGCAGCAGGCCAAGAAUAGCUUGUUCUUUUUCAUAGCAUAUCAGUUAACUGAUAUGCAGAAUCACAUAAAGAAGGCGAAAUUCAUAACUUUCAUAGUUUGAAUUUCGUUUCUUAAUGGUGCUCUGUACUUGAAAUGCGAUUCAUAUUUUAAAUUAUUUAAAAUGCAAUUGCCAUAAUGUAACUAAAAAUUGAGAUAGUUUCUCAGUAU